AUGCCUCGCAUCACUAUCUCCACUCUGGCUCUUUUGACCGCGUUGGUCAAUGUCUCUGCCGGCACUAAUCCCCGAACCACUACCAUCCCUCAUAUCGGGACUGGUACUACUACUAUCACACUUGUACCUUGCCCUGGCACAACAACGGUUGUUGUUGAGACUCCGUUGAUUACUCCGAGCUGCAGCACAUCCACAUCGACGAGCACUGCUACUAGCACUUGGACUACAUCCACCAAGCCUACAACCUCUACUUCUACUUCAGUCCCUACCUCGACUUCCACCAAGCCUACAACCUCUACUUCUACUUCUGUCCCUACCUCGACUUCCACCAAGCCUACAACCUCUGACUCUACUUCCGUCCCUACUUCGACUUCCACCAAGCCUACAACCUCUGACUCUACUUCCGUCCCUACUUCUACUUCCACCAAGCCUACAACCUCUGACUCUACUUCCGUCCCUACUUCGACUUCCACCAAGCCUACAACCUCUGACUCUACUUCCGUCCCUACUUCUACUUCCACCAAGCCUACAACCUCUGACUCUACAUCCGUCCCUACUUCUACUUCUACUUGGAUUCCUACUUCCACUACCACGGAUACGCCCACCACAACUUCCUCUGGUCCUGCCACAAGCAGCACCAACCCAUCGGGCGGCCACUUCCAGUGUCCUGCCGGUCUUUUCAGCAAUGCUCAGUGCUGCUCCGUCGGCAUUCUGGGCAUCGCUAACAUCGACUGCCAGGCUCCCUCUCGUCAGCCCACUUCCGCCAGUGAUUUCAGGGCCAUCUGCGCCGCCAUUGGUAAGAAGGCCGAGUGCUGCGUUCUCCCCGUCGCCGGUCAGGCCCUCCUCUGUCAGAACGUCUAG